AUGGUUACAGUGAACGAAAAAGCUGCGGCUGAGCCACAGAACAAAGUGCUCAGAUCGCUUCCUUCUUCCUUAGUACCAUAUGCUGAAUUAACACGAAUCCAUCGCCUAUUGGGAUUCUAUCUCAAUACUUCUCCUUAUUUUGUGGGCGUUGCGUUCAGUGCUUCAAUUGCCACGGAUAUUCCAGUGACCACUAUCCUGCACCGUAUUGUGCUGCUCUCUCUUUGGUCAUUCUUUCUACGUUGCGGUGGAUGCGUGUGGAAUGAUCUCAUCGACUUAGAUCUUGAUCGCCAAAUCUCUCGAACAAAAUCCAGGCCGCUGCCACGAGGCGCCGUUUCAACACGGGAUGCUGCUCUUUUUACCGUUGCCCUCUUCGCAUGUGGUAGCUCCGUUCUACUCUUCCUUCCGUGGCAAUGCACCAUUGAGGCCCUCAUCAUCAUUUUCUUCGCCCUCCUUUAUCCUUUCGGCAAGCGUUUCACGGACUACCCACAAGUAACUCUGGGAAAUAUCGGGUGGGCGAUCCCGAUGACCAUGCAUAGCCUGGGAGUGGAUCCGCUUGACCAUGUUAUGCCCACAGUAUGUAUGUUCCUGUUCGUUGCGACAGUCAUCAUCAUGGUCGAUGUGAUUUACUCGUGCCAGGAUACUGAGGAAGACUUGAAAGUCGGCGUGAAAAAUAUGGCUGUUCGGUUCCGGGAUUCCAUUCAUAUUCUGGCGUAUGUGCUCUUCUACAUGUCAGUUGCGCUUCUUGCAUCUGCUGGGUUGUUCACUGGCCUUGGUCUCCCUUUUUUUAUUAUAUCGGUUGGCGGCCAUUUCCUCGGGUUCGGGAACCUCCUCAAGGCGACACAGCUCGGGAAAUCGUCUGGAGUGGAGACGAGAGCAAAGACAUACUGCCUCCUUACCAGUAUCUUUUGGGUUCUUGGGUUCGGAUUUGAGUAUUGUGUGCGUUGGAACUAA